AUGUGGAUGUUUUCUUGGCUUUGUGCCAUUUUAAUUAUUUUGGCGAUUGCUGGUAUGGACACAGUAGCAAAGACCACACCACAUACUAAAUUUACGAAGAAAUCUGAGGGAAAAGAGAUGCUGAAGGGUCUCAAGCCGUCCAGUGGCCCAGCUCCAGAAGAAAAGGAAGUUCCUUUCAUGGAAGCUGCUGAACUGACAAAAGCGGCCCCAAGCCCCUCAGCCCCAGAGUCUGCCUUCGAUGCUGCCACUCUCUUCCCCUUCGAAAACUUCACUCUUGACACGGCUGAUAUCUUUUUGAACUGCUGUGAUUGUUGUUCAUUUGUACCAGGGCCAAAAGGAGAACCCGGACAGACUGGAAAGCCAGGUCUUAAGGGAGAGGCUGGUGAUUUGGGGAUCCCAGGGCCACCAGGAGUUGUCGGACCCCAAGGUCCAAAAGGCCAGAAAGGAGAGAAGGGACUAAAGGGAGAACGUGGGGACCCAGGAACAAGCGGAGUUCCAGGAUACCCCGGAAAGCCUGGAGAACCAGGUGGCCUUGGUCCUAAAGGGGAUAGAGGAAACAUUGGACCAGCGGGACUGAAAGGACAAAAAGGCUCCAAGGGGGACACGUGUGCAAAUGGUACCCAAGGAGAUAAAGGAGACCAGGGGGCUGUGGGCUCACCAGGCUCGAGCGGAGAGCCUGGGGCCAAGGGGGAGAAGGGCGAGAUGGGGGAUAAGGGCUACUGUGGAGCGUCCGGGGAGAGGGGAGCAAAAGGAGAAAAAGGUGAGGACGGUCUGAAAGGAGAAAAAGGUAGCAAAGGAGACACUGGAACAGAAGGUAAAGGCGGCCCAGAUGGCCUGCCUGGGGCCCCAGGGGAUCCAGGGGUUAAAGGAGAAAAGGGAGAGUUGGGUCCGCCUGGUCCUGUGGGACCCGCGGGGCCAAAAGGUGAGCUUGGGAGCAAAGGGGUCCGGGGAUCUAUCGGCAAGAAGGGCUCUCGGGGCCUCAAAGGCUCUAAGGGGGAGGUGGCCAGAGCCAUGCGGUCAGCUUUCAGUGCUGCCUUAUCCAAGCCUUUCCCUCCUCCCAACAUCCCGAUCAAGUUUGACAAGGUUCUCUAUAAUGACCAAGGGAAUUACAGCCCCAUCACUGGCAAAUUUAACUGUAGUAUUCCUGGGGCAUAUGUUUUUUCCUAUCACGUCACUGUGAGGGGCCGACCUGCUCGCAUCAGCCUGGUGGCCUGGAAUAAGAAGCGCUUCAAGUCCCGAGAAACGCUCUAUGGUCAUGAAAUAGACCAGGCCUCUCUCCUCAUCAUCCUGAAAUUAAGCGCAGGGGACCAAGUCUGGUUGGAAGUUUCAAAAGAUUGGAAUGGUGUAUAUGUCAGCCCUGAGGAUGACAGCAUUUUUACUGGGUUCCUUUUGUACCCAGAGGAAAAUUCUGGAAUUUCACCAUAA